UUAUCCGCGUAACACCGGAAGCGGAAAUAGGCAACAAAAUAAGUUCCAACAAUCAGCUACUGGUAAAGUCCUCCGCUUUAUUUUGUGGAAACGGUGAUGUACGUCUAAUCAAAACCGACACUUAUUUCUCUAAAUUGUCGAAUAAUGGCCAAAGAAAAGCGCCACAAGAGAAGGGAUUCACCGGAAGUGAAAGUUAAGGUGAAACAAGAGAAGCUAAGCCCCGAGAGGCCGCGAAAAACACGCCGCUCGCCGAGCAGCAACACCAGCCCACCUAGGAGGAGACCUAGCAGGUCACCUGGCAGGACAAGGGACAGACGAAGCAGCAGAAGCCCACGAAGGAGAAGCCGAAGUGCGCAUCGCAAUGCUGACGUCAAGUUAAAGCGGGAGCGUGAAGAGCAUCGCUCUGCUGGAGAAGACCACAGAAGAAGAAAUGAGCUGCCGGAAGAAAGGCGUAGCAGGUGGGAAUCGGACCGACCUCAGGAGAGAGACCGCAACGGCGACCGACGCCGGGAACGGGACGCGACAUCUUCCCAGCAAGCCGAGCGUCGGCACCACGACGAACAGCGCAGGGAAACCCGUCGGCAGCGUGAGGAAAACCAAGAGUUUGACUUUGGGCGACCCAACAGUGGGGGUAACAGCCCGUCAGCGCCUCCUGCUGACAAGGAGAAACCAAACUUUGGUCUGUCGGGAGCGCUUACGGAAGACACAAACACGUUCCGUGGAGUUGUGAUUAAGUACAAUGAGCCGCCCGAGGCUCGCAUUCCCAAGCGACGGUGGCGACUGUACCCUUUCAAGAAUGACGAGCAACUUCCAGUCAUGUACAUUCACAGACAGAGUGCCUAUCUGAUGGGGCGACAGCGCAAAAUUGCCGACAUUCCCAUUGAUCACCCAUCCUGCUCCAAACAGCAUGCAGUAUUCCAGUACAGACUUGUGGAGUUCACACGGGCCGACGGCACCACGGGGCGCCGGGUGAGGCCCUAUAUCAUCGAUCUGGGCUCCGGGAACGGCACUUACCUAAACAACCAGCGCAUCGAAGCGCAGCGCUACUAUGAGCUCAAAGAGAAGGACGUGCUCAAAUUCGGCUUCAGCAGCCGCGAGUACGUCCUCCUGCACGAGUUCUCCGACACCAGCGAGGUGGAUGCCAAGCAAGAGGAAGAAGACGACGAAGGCCUCGACGAAGUUAAUAACGAACCAGCAAGUUAAUUUUUUUUGUGUGUGUGUUUCAAAAACAGGGAACAGUUAAUUAUGAUACUAUUGUGUAUAGAUUGAAUUCCCCCCUUUUUUUUAAACAUUUUGUCUGCUCAGAGGGCUCACAGCGAUAAAUGUACAUUUACAUUUUUGUACUGUAAAUAAAGACUGUGAACUAUUUAUCAGCCUCCAGCAACUUUUCAGGAGAUUGUGGGAUCAUAUAACAUCUCUGUGUGGACUUUUCAUGUUCUCCCCAUGCGUGCAUGGGUUCUCUCUUGGUACGCUGGCUUCCUCCCACAUUCCAAAAAUAUGCAUGAUAGGUUAAUUGGAGACUGUAAAUUGACCAUAGCUGUGAAUUUUUUUUUUUGGUCUAUAUGUGCCCUGCAAUUGACUGGCGACCAGUCCAGGGUGUGCACCGCCGCUCACUCGAAGACAGCUGGGAUAGGCUCCAGCAUACCCGCGACCCUAGUGAAGACAAGCAGUAUAGAAAAUGGAAGGAUUUUAUUCAUUAUUCAUUCAUUCAAAUGUACAUCAUGCUGAGGCCAUUACACUUCUUUUGUAUUUUAUCCAUCUGAAAUUUCUCACCGGCCGCACGGUGGUCUAGUGGUUAGCACGUUGGCCAACACAGUAACAGCUUGGAGAUCGGGAAGACCUGGGUUCGAUUCUCCCCUGGGCAUUUCUGUGUGGAGUUUGCAUGUUCUCCCCGUGUGCGCGUGGGUUUUCUCCGGGUACUCCGGCUUCCUCCCACAUUCCAAAAACAUGCAUGUUAGGUUAAUUGACGACUCUAAAUUGCCCAUAGGUAUGAAUGUGAGUGUGAAUGGUUGUUUGUCUAUAUGUGCCCUGCGAUUGGCUGGCGACCAGUCCAGGGUGUACCCCGCCUGUCGCCCGAAGUCAGCUGGGAUAGGCUCCAGCAUGCCCCCGCGACCCUAAUGAGGAAGAAGCGGUAUAGAAAAUGAAUGAAUGAAUGAAUGAAAUUUCUCACUGAAUUCUCUACAUGUGAAUUCCAACUAAUUCUGCUAUUCCUGAUUUAAGAUGGUCCUGGUUUUAGUGGUCACAAAAAAAGACAAAGAAAAAUAAAAUGUAAUGUAAAAUGUGAUCAAAAUGCGAAGCGGGCAUAAUUAUGUAAAAAUGUUUAAUGGUUUCAAUGUAGGUAUUCAAAACAAUGUAGGUAACUGUUCAAACUAUAUGAAGAGGUUCACGUGGAUCUGAAAAUUCAAAUUAAUGAAAUUAUGAUUGUUAAAACCGAGCAUUAUUUCCUUUUUAAACGCACAUUAAUUAGUGUAGCGCUUGGGUCGUGUGAUUAGAUUGUGUAAGUGGCAGGAAGUAUGAAUGGAGUAUCCACAGUCUGAUGAAAUCUCCUUACGAAGCCUGAAACUUCAGUAGAUGCCAUUCUUGUGUUAAUGAAAUUGUUUCUUUGUGUAUUUGUAAUUGCAGUAUUCAAGGCAGUCGUAAUAGCAACAGCAACAAAGCGUGCGAAGUGAAAGUACAAAUAAAGUAAGAAUAAAAGAAGUUGUGAAAAUACAGUGAAAACUAUCCAAGGCCAAAGCUAAAUGAUGGCACAUUUUCUGUUUUAAAAGUGUAUAUAUCUAUAAAUACACCGGACAAGACUGAUUAGUGGAGGUUUAAUGUUCAGUGUUCGGUUUGUGGUACGUUGCUACAUUGGAAAUAGCACAAAAACGAGUAAAAAAAAUAAGUAACUACUUUUACUUGAGUACAAUGUGUCUUUACAUCUCUGUUCGGAAACAUUAACUUCCAAUAAAGCCAUAAAAAGGAUGCACUUGUUAUGUAAUCCAGCGUUACAGUUAAAAAAAACUAUGGUCACAGCAGAGGAAGUUCUGAGGAUUUCUUUU